AUGAGUGGAAACUUACCUCCUCCUCCUCUAUCGUCUCUCCGGCAUCCCGCGUCUGAUCUUGUAGACGACGUAGCCUUCUUCAGCUACGACUGGAGUGUAUCGGGCAACUUACAGGAAGAUUCAUCCGAACCAUCAUCCACCACAGCUUCCGAAAUCUCAAACCCCCUUUACGAUCCACACGUCGACACCGCGAAGCAAACGCCAAAUCCGAAAAUUGCCAUCCCUCGAGCCGCAAACACAAAACCAUUAGCCAAUCCCGGCCGGGUCUCCAGGGCAUGUGUAAACUGCCGCGAUCAAAAGGUGAAAUGCAGCGGCCACCGUCCAACAUGCCAUCGAUGCCAAAUGUCCGCUGUUACGUGUAUCUAUGGUGAUCGAAAGCGCGAGAAAAUGGUCAAACAACUUGAUGAUUUGACAGCCCAGGUCGAAACGUAUGAAACCCUCCUACGAAAUAUCUAUCUCCCUCCCGAUCAUCACCCUGAUACGUCUGUCAAUCAACCUGGCGCAACAGACGCAUCUCCUCAUCCGCUGAAUAAAAUUCCAAGCACGUCUCUGGCAUCAGCACUUCCGUCGCGAGUAUCAGACAAUGCCAAUACACCGGCUUGCACGAUUGGCCCCGUGGAGUUUGUCGAAGAAGAUUUCAAUCGCGAUGCAGAGGCGCAGGCUACCGGUUUUAUCGGCAGACAUUCGGAAAUAAAGUGGCUACACCAACUCAAGCGUUUUUUGGAGCAAAACGAUCCGACACUGGGCAGUUCCCAGAAGGAUGCAGACAUCGCCUCGCUGUCAUCUGUGAACUAUUUUCCCGAUGAUUCGGGGCCUGUGAUCUCAGAUAACGUGGCCAUGAUGGAACGGCCUUCGCAAGGGAUCGCAGAUCAACUUGUCAACAACUACUUCAGUGUUAUACAUGAAUCUUUUCCAUUUCUUGGAAAGAGUCUCUUCUUAAGUCAGUGCCGAGCUUUCUAUUCGAAUGCAAAUCUACGACCAGGGAGAAGAUGGAUGGCAGUUUUGAACAUGGUAUUCGCCAUUGCCGCGAGACAUUCUUGCCUCGCAUCGUGCCAGACCCAUCACGACCAUGAUGACCAUGCAGUAUACUUCUCACGGGCGUGGCAGCUUAACACGCACGAUGUUGCCUCUUUAAGCCAUCCAAACCUACAGCAGGUGCAAGUGGAAGCACUAGCCUCUUUUUACCUUCUUUCGAUCGGACAAGUCAACAGGGCAUGGAGAAUGUGUGGCAUCGCGAUACGCUCAGCGCAGGCUAUGGGGAUCUAUCUCCGCGAUGAAAGUCCCAGCACCUCAACUCUGUCCAAAGAGGCCAGGUAUCGGCUGUGGUGGGGUCUCUACUUGUUAAAUAACCGAGUUUCUGGGAUCAUCGGUCGUCCACUUGGUGUGCAUAGGGCAUUUUGUACGACACCUCUUCCGGUGCCGUAUAGAGAGGAGGAUUUUGGAGAGGAGCACGUCAUGCAACUCCUUACAAAUAAUGAAGCUCGACGCAUUCUCAUGUCGUCCUUGCAAUUCCAAAUGCCUAGGAACGAGACGGUGGAAAGCCCCAUAGCUCAAAGUCCCAUCCAUGUUGCGUCUAGGGAGGAAAUACGCAAUGAGCAGGCUCGGGCUACUGCGGCACAGAGUGUUUCAGUGAAUCCGUCACUGUACUUCAUAUACGCCGUUGACCUGGCAUCAAUAAUGGAGGAAGCAAUUGGCACUUUGUACUCCCCAAUAGCCGCUUCAAGGUCAUGGCUUCAAAUUGAACUCGCGAUCUCUGCGCUUAAUGAGUCCAUUGAACGUUGGCUCUCUCGGCUUCCUAUGUCAUAUGACUUGACAAGAACGCGAACAAACAGGCCUGAUGUCCUUCAGCACACAAGUCUUGCGUUCCAUUUCUAUUCCACCAAGCUCAUCAUAACACAGCCAUGUCUGCACCGCGUCGUGUACGGAGCGCCGGAAGAGGGGCCACCAAGCACUCUCUGCAGUACCUUGGCGGCGACAUGCGUUCAGGUAGCAGGUCAAAUGCUCGAUCUCCUACCAAGCGAUCCAGAUACAGCCUGGCUGUAUGGAUGCUCCCCAUGGUGGUGUGUGCUUCAUUAUAUCAUGCAGUCCGUGACUGUUCUCAUGAUGGAACUUGUGGCCCGAUCAGAGGAAGGCACGCCGGAGAGUGCCGGUGUUGAGGUUAUGAUCAGAAAGGCCAUCCUGUGGCUGAGCGAAAUGGCUACCAAGGAUCCUUCUGCGAUGCGAGCUCAGCUUCUGUGUAUAGAUAUUCUAACGCGGCAUGGUUCGAGACUUGGCAUGGAGGUUGAGGUUGGAAUUUAG